CAUGUGACCUCAUCACACACACACACUCUCACACACACACCGAGCCACCGUCAGCAGGAGGAGGAGCCAGCAGGCUGAGGAUGCUGUCAGGUUGCCGUGGUUUCAGCCUCCUGCUUCUUGAGCCGACCGUUGCGUGCGCGGCCGAAGGCUGAGAGCCGUGAGGAUUUAUGACAGGACGGAGGGAAGGAGGAGAGAAGGAAAGGAGGGGAGGAGGAGGCUGUGACAGCAGGAGGUGUUGAAGGGUGGAUUAUCGCUGCCGCAGAAAAACAUCAGAGUCAUCGUUUCCUCUGAGUUCCGGCCAUCAGGAAGCUCCAUCACUCCAUCUGAGCAGAGGGAGGACUGAAGGAGGAAUGGAGGGACUGUGAGUCCUCGCUGGUCCUCAGAUCCGAGGGGCGUCAUGACCUCUCAGGAAGAGGCGUCUUCCUUCAGGAGGUUCUUUCAGUACGUGGAGGACAGCGCGCUUCGAACAUACGACGGUCUGGUGAUCCAAAACGCUUCCGACAUCGCCAGAGAGAGCGACCGCGUUCGGAACCAGACCAACUGGACCUACCUGCAGGAGAAACACCAGAAGAAGAGACGGCAAGAAGAGGCCAUCAAGAGGAUUGGAGAAGACGUCGCCACGGCCUCAGAUGGGGCAUACUCUGGAAAACAUUUCAGGAUGGGCUUCAUGACGAUGCCGGCGCCACAGGACCGACUGCCCACGCCGACCCAAGGCUUCACGGUGCGAUCCCAGUCUCUUCACUCAGUCGGCGGCGGAGAGGAAGACUCCAACCACAGUCGCAAGCAACCUCCACCCAAACCCAAGCGAGACCCGACCACCAAACUGAGCAGCAGCUCUGAGGCGGUGGAUGGAGUCUCUGGUUUCAUAAAGAGAGAGUAUCAAGAAGCAAAAGAUGGUGCAGAACUUUCAGAAGCUCGAUAUCAUCACCACAGUGAAGAAUCCAGGAAGAUGCCUCCACCCAAACCCAAGAGAGACCCAAACACUCAGCUUAGCUCCUCUUUUGAUGAGUCCUACGUCCGUAACCACUGCAGCAAGAAGUCUUCCUUCCAAGGCGACAAAUCUUCGUCUCAGAGUCACAGCCCGGCAUCCAGAGACACGGACGAUGAAGAGCCGGUUUACAUCGAGAUGGUCGGAAACAUCCUGCGUGAGCUGAAAGGUCAGGAAGCCGUAGACGAUGAGCAGAGCGAGUCUGUGUACGAGGAGAUGAAGUACCCGAUGCUGGAGGACUUUCUGCAGGAUGUGCAGUCCACCAUCAUCGACAGUGAGGCGUGGUCUUCCCGCGGUUUGUUCUGUGACAUUCCUCCACCCUUCCCAAACCUCCUGACUCACCGCCCUCCGUUGCUCGUCUUCCCGUCCGCCCCGGUCCAGUGCUCCCCCAACUCCGACGAGUCCCCUCUCACCCCGCUUGAUGUCACUCGUCUGCCUAUGCUAGAAAACGUUAGCUUGAGUAAAUCGGGUGGAGCAGAGCACCCUCAGGGCUCCGGUCACCACCGUAAGGACCGGGACCGGGACCGGGACGCGUCCCACACUCACACAAUCACAUCCUCUGGUCGCUCAUCAGCCCCUCCCCUCGCCUCCAGUUUUUACAAGUCAUCUAGCUCCGCCCACAGCGUUCAUGGCUACCCCCGCAGCCAAUCAGCAUGCCCGUCUCCGGUCAGCAUGGGGCGCGCUCUGACUCCUCUGAGUUUGAAGAGGCCGCCCCCUUAUGACACUCUGAUAGCAGGAGGAAGCAUACCCCGCUCCUCUUCCUCUUCAUCAUCAUCCUCACAGAGGGCAGGAGAGGGUGGAGCUAAACUCAGUAACUCCUCGUCCGCCCACGGCUCCAUGCACAACGUCUCGGCGCGGUGCCAGACUCCCACCAGCCCGCUGGACGAACUCAACAACCUGUUUGCGUCCGGCAGGCAGGUGAUGAAGAGGGGCUCAGCAGGGAGGAAGAGCAGAGAGGGUGAAGGAGACUCCAAGUCUCUGCCAAGACACGACAGUAAAGACCGAGACGGACAAUCCAGUCCUGUUUCCAGCAGGAUGGGGAGGUCGUCUGUGAGCCCCACCAUGAUGCUGAUGGGCGGAGGAGGUGGAGGUGGAGGUGGAGGUGGACGAGAAUCAAAGACUGUGGGUAAACUGGGCCGGUCUGCAUCAACAUCAGGGGUUCCGUCUCCAGGCGGAACGCCACAGCGCCACCUCCAUGACGCCCACCACCCGGUCCUCAGCCAGGACUGAGCUUUGGUGAACAAACAGAGAGCAGGAGCUUCACAUCUUCUCCUGAACUUAGUCUCAAUCUGAAUUUGAAUCACUAACAGCCUGCAGCAGCUGAACAUACCUGGCUCGGUAACACCUGAUUACUAACAUGCUGAAGUUUCUAACAGUAGCACUAAUAUCACACUGAUGCUCGACUAACAGUGAGUCAUUCUGAAGCACUUUAACACAAUAAAACUCUAAAACUCCUCACUAAGAGUCAUAAACCCAAAUUUAUUCCUAUAGAUACUGACUCCGCUCCGUUCAGAUACUGACUCCGCUCCGUUCAGAUACUGACUCCGAUCCGUUCAGAUACUGACUCCGCUCCGUUCAGAUACUGACUCCGCUCCGUUCCGAUACUGACUCCGCUCCGUUCCGAUACUGACUCCGCUCCGUUCUGAUACUGACUCCGCUCCGUUCAGAUACUGACUCCGCUCCGUUCAGAUACUGACUCCGCUCCGUUCCGAUACUGACUCCGCCCCGUUCCGAUACUGACUCCGCUCCGUUCCGAUACUGACUCCGCCCCGUUCUGAUACUGACUCCGCUCCGUUCAGAUACUGACUCCGCUCCGUUCAGAUACUGACUCCGCUCCGUUCCGAUACUGACUCCGCCCCGUUCUGAUACUGACUCCGCUCCGUUCAGAUACUGACUCCGCUCCGUUCCGAUACUGACUCCGCUCCGUUCAGAUACUGACUCCGAUCCGUUCAGAUACUGACUCCGAUCCGUUCAGAUACUGACUCCGCUCCGUUCCGAUACUGACUCCGCCCCGUUCUGAUACUGACUCCGCUCCGUUCAGAUACUGACUCCGCUCCGUUCCGAUACUGACUCCGUUCCGUUCAGAUACUGACUCCGCUCCGUUCAGAUACUGACUCCGCCCCGUUCUGAUACUGACUCCGCUCCGUUCAGAUACUGACUCCGCUCCGUUCAGAUACUGACUCCGCUCCGUUCAGAUACUGACUCCGUUCCGUUCAGAUACUGACUCCGCUCCGUUCAGAUACUGACUCCGCCCCGUUCUGAUACUGACUCCGAUCCGUUCAGAUACUGACUCCGCUCCGUUCAGAUACUGACUCCGCUCCGUUCAGAUACUGACUCCGCCCCGUUCUGAUACUGACUCCGCUCCGUUCCGAUACUGACUCCGCCCCGUUCUGAUACUGACUCCGCUCCGUUCCGAUACUGACUCCGUUCCGUUCCGAUACUGACUCCGCUCCGUUCAGAUACUGACUCCGCUCCGUUCCGAUACUGACUCCGCUCCGUUCCGAUACUGACUCCGCUCCGUUCAGAUACUGACUCCGCUCCGUUCAGAUACUGACUCCGCUCCGUUCCGAUACUGACUCCGCUCCGUUCCGAUACUGACUCCGCUCCGUUCCGAUACUGACUCCUUUCCGUUUCGAUACUGACUCCGCUCCGUUCCGAUACUGACUCCGCUCCGUUCCGAUACUGACUCCGCUCCGUUCCGAUACUGACUCCGCUCCGUUCAGAUACUGACUCCGCUCCGUUCCGAUACUGACUCCGCCCCGUUCUGAUACUGACUCCGCUCCGUUCAGAUACUGACUCCGCUCCGUUCCGAUACUGACUCCGCUCCGUUCCGAUACUGACUCCUUUCCGUUUCGAUACUGACUCCGCUCCGUUCCGAUACUGACUCCGCUCCGUUCCGAUACUGACUCCUUUCCGUUUCGAUACUGACUCCGCUCCGUUCCGAUACUGACUCCGCCCCGUUCUGAUACUGACUCCGCUCCGUUCAGAUACUGACUCCGCUCCGUUCCGAUACUGACUCCGCUCCGUUCAGAUACUGACUCCGCUCCGUUCAGAUACUGACUCCGCUCCGUUCCGAUACUGACUCCGCUCCGUUCCGAUACUGACUCCGCUCCGUUCCGAUACUGACUCCGCUCCGUUCCGAUACUGACUCCACCCCAUUUUAAAUACAUGCUGACCACGCCCAUUCCUAGACACAUUGACUUCGCCCCUUCCUGAUGUAAAUUGCUGUGACCCAUGCUGACCCCGCACCUUUCUGUUGCAUGCUGAUUCUUGUGGCGUGACCUCUGACCCUGCCCUGUUCCAACUGGACCUACUGUUCCGCCCUGUUGUUAUGCAUUCUGACGCACACUCUGGCAGAGUUUCAGUCCGGUUUGAAGUACAGACUUGCCCCUAUUUUGUAUAAAUAUUAAUGAACUCCUGACAUCUACAGGUCAUGACCAAUUUUUGGAGCACGCUCCAUUUUAAUACAUACCAACCAUGUUCCAUAUUUAAUACAUACUGACCAGACGCUGUUACUGCACAAUCUGUCCCAGAAGCUCGAUCCGAACUAUCAGCUCAUUUAAACAUGAUCUACAAAAAAAUUGUUCCUGGAGUAAAUCUAUUUAUUAAAAUUAUUAGUCUUAGCAUUGUUUUCAAAUGACCGAAGUGCAUUCAACGGUGAUUUAUAUUUUGUUUUUAUAACCAGAAAUCACCUUGAAGAUUAGGAAUGUGUUUGUCGAGGGAACCCUGCCCGUCUGGAAGUAUUUCCUUUAGCGCCUGUACUUACGCCGUGAUGUCGUUGCGGAUCGUUCUCCCUGGACAGAUUCUGUCAUGACGCAUCAUUCUUUACAAAUUGACUCCGCCCCUUUCUGAUGCAAAUUGCCCAUGCUGUGACCUAUGCUGACCCUGCACCUUUCUGUUGCAUGCUGAUUCUUGUGGUAUGACCUCUGACCCUGCCCUGUCCCAACCGGACCUACGGCUCCGCCCUGUUGUUAUGCAUUCUGAAUCACACUCUGGCCCAGUUUUAGUCCGGUUUGUACAGUCAUCCUUCAUGUGACGCAGGAGAUUUUCAUUCAUUUACACAGAGUUAAUGAAGCAUAACAUAAUCAAUCCUGUUUUUCACCAUUAUUUCCUUUAAUUGGAGAUCAUUUAAAGCAACACAGAGUUUCCCAGUGCUAACUGGAAGAACUGGACUGGAACUGAGUUGAUCCUCACCUGACAUCCAUCACCUUCUCCCUGUGGUUGUGUUUCUGUGUCAAACUUUUUCAAAUAAAAUCCAAAAUGUCU